AUGACAGCCAUACUAGACCAGAUGGGCGAUCAGCACUAUUCCUUUUACAUUGAAACCUUCCAGACCAGCUCUGAACUUGUGGACUUCUUGAUGGAGACCUUCAUCAUGUUCAAGGACCUCAUUGGGAAGAAUGUGUACCCUGUAGACUGGAUGGCCAUGAGUAUGGUUCAGAACAGGGUCUUCCUGAGAGCUAUCAACAAGUUCGCAGAAAUCAUGAACCAGAAGUUCCUGGAACACACGAACUUUGAGUUCCAGCUGUGGAACAACUAUUUUCAUCUGGCGGUGGCUUUUAUCACUCAGGAUUCUCUGCAGCUGGAGCAGUUCUCACACGCCAAGUACAACAAAAUCCUGAAUAAGUACGGGGACAUGAGACGGCUAAUUGGCUUCUCUAUCCGCGAUAUGUGGUACAAGCUUGGCCAGAACAAAAUCUGCUUCAUCCCAGGCAUGGUGGGACCUAUAUUAGAGAUGACACUUAUCCCUGAGGCUGAGCUCCGGAAAGCCACCAUACCAAUCUUCUUCGACAUGAUGCUGUGUGAAUAUCAAAGGAGUGGGGAUUUCAAAAAGUUUGAAAAUGAAAUCAUCCUCAAGCUGGACCACGAGGUGGAAGGCGGCCGAGGGGACGAGCAGUACAUGCAGCUGCUGGAGUCGAUCCUGAUGGAGUGUGCUGCAGAGCACCCGACCAUUGCCAAGUCGGUGGAGAACUUCGUGAACCUGGUCAAAGGCCUUCUGGAGAAGCUGCUGGAUUACCGGGACGUGAUGACAGACGAAAGCAAAGAUAACCGCAUGAGCUGCACCGUGAACCUGCUG